UAACGCUCGCCUCCACCAGCCGGAGCACGACCGCCGCCCCGAAUUCUUCUCUCGCAUCCGUCGCUCCCCUACUCCUUGCUCCUUCGCUUCGCUGGAUGGCGUCCAGCGGUGACGCGGCCGGAGUUGUCGUGCCGAGGAACUUCAGACUCCUGGAAGAGCUUGAGAGAGGAGAGAAGGGCAUUGGGGAUGGAACAGUUAGCUAUGGAAUGGAUGACGCUGAUGAUAUAUACAUGCGCUCUUGGACAGGAACAAUAAUUGGUCCCCACAACACUGUCCAUGAGGGCCGAAUUUAUCAAUUAAAGCUUUUCUGUGACAAGGACUAUCCAGACAGGCCACCGACUGUUAGAUUCCACUCAAGAAUCAAUAUGACCUGUGUAAAUCCUGAGACUGGAUUGGUUGACCAAAGGAAGUUUAACCUGUUAUCCAACUGGCGCCGUGAGUACACAAUGGAGAACAUUUUGAUACAGCUUAAGAAAGAAAUGGCAACGUCACACAACAGGAAAUUAGUGCAGCCUCCGGAGGGAACAUUCUACUGAAAGCGCUCGUCUCACCUGCCAUCCAAGAAUUCUCGCGGUUCUCAAUUUAGAUAUUGCAUAAGAUCAGACCUUAAUCCAACAUUUCGUGCAAACGAUUGUACCAGAAACUUUGCCAUGUCCUUCGCAUGGUUCGUGUGUGUCUUGUCUUGCUUUCUUCGAUAGUAGUAGCCGCUAUGGCAUUAUCACCUGGGUAAACCUGUGUUGUAAUGACGCACUUCAGUUUCAGCUAAGCCGCUAUGGCAUUAUCACCUGGGUAAACCUGUGUUGUAAUGACGCACUUCAGUUUCAGCUAUGUUCGUAAAAGUACCAGUACGUUGCUUC